GUCGGGGGGUGCGGGGAGGGGGCCGCCCCUGAAGAUGCCGCCCUGGGGAGCCGGUGGCGGCGGGGCGUCCCGGGGUGCAGUCCCGGUGCCCCAGGAGGCGGCCCUGGCGCGACAAUGGGCCGCUCUGAUUCCAACGCCGCCCGCUUUGUUGGCGGGCGGGGCAGCGGGCCUUGCAGCUGUCGCAUUUUCCCACGAGCGGGGGUGGGGGGGGGUGGGGUGGGGGUGGGAGCUGAGUGUGGCCAGCGCCGGCCCCCCCCCCCCCCCCCCCCCCCCCCCCCCCCCCCCCCCAGCGCCGUCCUCUUGAAGACCUUGUUUGAACAGCAAGACAACCCUGGUGGUUGGAUAGGGGCCCCGGCCCAGCCAGGGGCCCGGCGAAGACGGGGCCUGCGAUGUUCCCAGCCCAGCGAGAGCUGCUUGAAUGGCGGGAAGUGCCGCGUGUUCCUCAACGGCUCGGAGGCCUGUGUCUGCGGCGGGGCCUUCACGGGCCAGCGAUGCCAGGCACCCAGCCCCUGCCUUAGCGCCCCCUGCAAGAACGGCGGGACGUGCCACACGGUGGAGCGCGACGGCCUGGUGGACUACACCUGCAGCUGCCGCCUGGGCUUCUCGGGGCCCCUGUGCCUGACGCCCCGCGACCACGCCUGCCUCGCAAGCCCCUGCCUCAACGGCGGCACCUGUGACCUGCUCACGCUCACCGAGUACAAGUGCCUCUGCCCUCCGGGCUGGUCAGGGAAGACAUGCCAGCAGGCCGACCCUUGCGCCUCCAACCCCUGUGCCAACGGCGGCCAGUGCCUGCCCUUCGAGGCCUCGUACAUCUGCGGCUGCCUGCCGGGCUUCCACGGCCCCACCUGCAGGCAGGACGUCAACGAGUGCAGCCAGAACCCCGGGCUGUGCCAGCACGGCGGCACCUGCCACAACGAGGUCGGCUCCUACCGCUGUGCCUGCCGCGCCACCCACACCGGCCCCCACUGCGAGCUGCCCUACGUGCCCUGCAGCCCCUCCCCCUGCCAGAACGGGGGCACCUGCCGCCCCACGGGGGACACCGCUCACGAGUGCGCCUGCCUGCCAGGCUUCACCGGCCAGAACUGCGAGGAAAACGUUGACGACUGUCCGGGAAACAACUGCAAGAAUGGAGGCGCCUGUGUGGACGGCGUGAACACUUAUAACUGCCGCUGCCCCCCGGAGUGGACAGGUCAGUACUGCACCGAGGACGUGGACGAGUGCCAACUCAUGCCCAACGCCUGCCAGAACGGCGGCACCUGUCACAACACCCACGGCGGCUACAACUGCGUGUGUGUCAACGGCUGGACGGGCGAGGACUGCAGCGAGAACAUCGACGACUGCGCCAGCGCCUCCUGCUUCCACGGUGCCACCUGCCACGACCGCGUGGCCUCCUUCUACUGCGAGUGUCCCCACGGCCGCACGGGUCUGCUGUGCCACCUCAACGACGCCUGCAUCAGCAACCCCUGCAACGAGGGUUCCAACUGCGACACCAACCCCGUCAACGGCAAGGCCAUCUGCACCUGCCCCUCGGGGUACACGGGCCCCGCCUGCAGCCAGGACGUGGACGAGUGCUCGCUGGGCGCCAACCCCUGCGAGCACGCGGGCAAGUGCAUCAACACGCUGGGCUCCUUCGAGUGCCAGUGCCUGCAGGGCUACACCGGCCCGCGCUGCGAGAUCGACGUCAACGAGUGUGUGUCGAACCCGUGUCAGAACGACGCCACCUGCCUGGACCAGAUCGGGGAGUUCCAGUGCAUCUGCAUGCCCGGCUACGAGGGCGUGCACUGCGAGGUGAACACGGACGAGUGCGCCAGCGGCCCCUGCCUCCAGAACGGCCGCUGCCUGGACAAGAUCAACGAGUUCGUGUGCGAGUGUCCCACGGGCUUCACCGGGCACCUGUGCCAGUAUGACGUGGAUGAGUGUGCGAGCACGCCCUGCAAGAACGGCGCCAAGUGUCUGGACGGGCCCAACACCUACACCUGCGUGUGCACAGAAGGCUACACGGGGCCCCACUGCGAGGUGGACAUCGACGAGUGCGACCCCGACCCCUGCCACUACGGGUCCUGCAAGGACGGUGUCGCCACCUUCACCUGCCUGUGCCGGCCGGGCUACACGGGCCACCACUGCGAGACCAACAUCAACGAGUGCCACAGCCAGCCCUGCCGCCACGGGGGCACCUGCCAGGAUCGCGACAACGCCUACCUCUGCUUCUGCCUCAAGGGGACCACAGGGCCCAACUGUGAGAUCAACCUGGACGAUUGUGCCAGCAAUCCCUGUGACUCGGGCACGUGUCUGGACAAGAUUGACGGCUACGAGUGUGCGUGUGAGCCCGGCUACACAGGGAGCAUGUGUCACAUCAACAUCGACGAGUGCGCGGCCAGCCCCUGCCACAACGGCGGCACCUGCCAGGACGGCGUCAACGGCUUCACCUGCCGCUGCCCCGAGGGCUACCACGACCCCACCUGCCUGUCCGAGGUCAACGAGUGCAGCAGCAACCCCUGCAUCCACGGGGCCUGCCGCGACAGCCUCAACGGAUACAAGUGUGACUGUGACCCCGGGUGGAGUGGGGCAAACUGUGACAUCAACAAUGACGAGUGUGAGUCGAACCCCUGCGUUAACGGGGGCACCUGCAAGGACAUGACCGGCGGCUACGUGUGCGCGUGCCGGGAAGGCUUCAGUGGCCCCAACUGCCAGACCAACAUCAACGAGUGUGCGUCCAACCCGUGUCUGAACCAGGGCACGUGUAUCGAUGACGUGGCCGGGUACACGUGCAACUGCCUCCUGCCCUACACAGGAGCCACGUGCGAGGUGGUGCUGGCCCCGUGUGCCCCCGGGCCCUGCAGAAAUGGCGGCGCGUGCAAGGAGUCCGAGGACUACGAGAGCUUCUCCUGCGCCUGUCCCGCAGGCUGGCAGGGGCAGACCUGCGAGAUCGACAUCAACGAGUGUGUGAAGAGCCCGUGCCGCGUGGGCGCCUCCUGCCAGAACACCAACGGCAGCUACCGCUGCCACUGCCAGGCCGGCUACACAGGGCGCAACUGCGAGACGGACGUCGACGACUGCCGGCCCAACCCGUGCCACAACGGGGGCUCCUGCACAGAUGGCAUCAACACAGCCUUUUGCGACUGCCUGCCCGGCUUCCAGGGCGCCUUCUGUGAGGAGGACAUCAACGAGUGCGCCAGCAGCCCCUGCCGAAACGGUGCCAACUGCACCGACUGCGUGGACAGCUACACCUGCACCUGCCCCGCGGGCUUCAGUGGCAUCCACUGUGAGAACAACACGCCCGACUGCACAGAAAGCUCCUGCUUCAACGGUGGUACCUGCGUGGAUGGCAUCGACUCCUUUACCUGCCUGUGUCCGCCCGGGUUCACAGGCAGCUACUGCCAGCAUGACGUCAAUGAGUGCGACUCUCGACCCUGCCUGCACGGCGGCACCUGCCACGACAGCUACGGUACCUACAAGUGCACCUGCCCCCAGGGCUACACGGGCCUCAACUGCCAGAACCUUGUGCGCUGGUGCGACUCCUCACCCUGCAAGAACGGUGGCAGGUGCUGGCAGACCAACGCCCUGUACCGCUGCGAGUGCCACAGCGGCUGGACCGGCCUCUACUGCGACGUGCCCAGCGUGUCCUGCGAGGUGGCCGCGUGGCAGCAAGGCGUCAACGUCACCCACCUCUGCCGCAAUGGAGGGCUCUGCGUGAACGCGGGCAACACGCACCAUUGCCACUGCCAGGCGGGCUACACGGGCAGCUACUGCGAGGACCAGGUGGACGAGUGCUCGCCCAGCCCCUGCCAGAACGGGGCCACCUGCACCGACUACCCUGGCGGCUACUCCUGCGAGUGUGUGGCUGGCUACCACGGGGUGAACUGCUCCGAGGAGGUCAACGAGUGCCUGUCGCAGCCUUGCCGGCACGGGGGCACCUGCAUCGACCUCACCAACACCUACAAGUGCUCCUGCCCCCGGGGCACACAGGGUGUGCACUGCGAGAUCAACGUGGAUGACUGCAACCCCCCCGUCGACCCCGUGUCCCGGGGCCCCCGGUGCUUUAACAACGGCACGUGCGUGGACCAGGUGGGCGGCUACAGCUGCGCCUGCCCCCCCGGCUUCGUGGGCGAGCGCUGCCAGGGGGACGUCAACGAGUGCCUGUCCAACCCCUGCGACGCCCGUGGCACCCAGAACUGCGUGCAGCGCGUCAACGCCUUCCACUGCGAGUGCCGAGCUGGCCACACCGGGCGACGCUGCGAGUCGGUCGUCAACGGCUGCAAAGACAGGCCCUGCAAGAACGGGGGCUCCUGUGCCGUGGCCUCCAACACCGCCCGGGGGUUCAUCUGCAAAUGCCCAGCGGGCUUCGAGGGUGCCACGUGUGAGAACGACGCCCGCAGCUGCGGCGGCCUGCGAUGCCUCAACGGCGGCACCUGCAUCUCGGGCCCGCGCGGCCCCACCUGCCUGUGCCUGGGCCCCUUCACCGGCCCCGAGUGCCAGUUCCCGGUCAGCAGCCCCUGCCUGGGCGCCAGCCCCUGCUACAACCAGGGCAGCUGCGAGCCCACGUCCGAGAGCCCCUUCUACCGCUGCCUGUGCCCCGCCAAGUUCAACGGGCUCCUGUGCCACAUCCUGGACUACAGCUUCGGGGGCGGCGUGGGCCUCGACAUCCCCCCGCCGCAGAUCGAGGAGGCCUGCGAGCUCCCCGGCUGCCACGAGGAGGCCGGCAACAAGGUGUGCAGCCUCGCUUGCAACAACCACGCCUGCGGCUGGGACGGUGGCGACUGCUCCCUCAACUUCAACGACCCCUGGCAGAACUGCACGCAGUCGCUGCAGUGCUGGAAGUACUUCAGCAACGGCCGCUGCGACAGCCAGUGCAACUCGGCCGGCUGCCUCUUCGACGGCUUCGACUGCCAGCGCGCGGAAGGCCAGUGCAACCCCCUGUACGACCAGUACUGCAAGGACCACUUCCGGGACGGGCACUGCGACCAGGGCUGCAACAGUGCGGAGUGCGAGUGGGACGGGCUGGACUGCGCAGAGCACGUGCCCGAGCGGCUGGCGGCCGGCACGCUGGUGCUGGUGGUGCUGAUGCCGCCCGAGCAGCUGCGCAACCGCUCCCUGCACUUCCUGCGUGAGCUCAGCCGCCUGCUGCACACGAACGUGGUCUUCAAGCGCGACGCCAGCGGCCGGCAGCUCAUCUUCCCCUACUAUGGCCGCGAGGAGGAGCUGCGCAAGCACCCCGUCCGGCGCUCUGUGCACGGCGGGGCCUCGCUGCUGCCGGGCGGGGGCGGGCGCCGGCGCCGCGAGCUGGACCCCAUGGACAUCCGCGGGUCCAUCGUCUACCUGGAGAUCGACAACCGGCAGUGCGUCCAGGCGUCCUCCCAGUGCUUCCAGAGCGCCACGGACGUGGCCGCCUUCCUGGGCGCGCUGGCCUCGCUGGGCAGCCUGAACAUCCCCUACAAGAUCGAGGCCGUGCAGAGUGAGACGGUGGAGCCGCCCCCGCCCCCGCCGCUGCACUUCAUGUACGUGGCCGUGGUGGCCUUCGUGCUGCUGUUCUUCGUGGGCUGCGGGGUGCUGCUGUCGCGGAAGCGCCGGCGGCAGCAUGGCCAGCUCUGGUUCCCCGAGGGCUUCAAGGUGUCGGAGGCCAGCAAGAAGAAGCGGCGGGAGCCCCUCGGCGAGGACUCCGUGGGCCUCGAGCCCCUGAAGAACGCCUCUGACGGCGCCCUCGUGGACCACCCGCAGAACGCGUGGGGCGACGAGGGCCUGGAGGCCAAGAGGUUCCGGGUGAGUCGGGGCCCCCGCCCCCGCCCCCGCCCCCCCCCGGCCCGCCCGGCCUCUCGGGACGUGGCCCCCUGCUCGCCCCUUGCUCAGGUCGAGGAGCCCGUGGUCCUUCCCGACCUGGACGACCAGACGGACCACCGGCAGUGGACCCAGCAGCACCUGGACGCGGCCGACCUGCGGGCAUCCGCCAUGGCCCCCACGCCGCCCCAGGGUGAGGCCGACGCCGACUGCAUGGACGUCAACGUCCGGGGGCCGGAUGGCUUCACACCCCUCAUGAUCGCAUCCUGCAGCGGAGGGGGCCUUGAGACAGGCAACAGCGAGGAGGAGGAGGACGCGCCCGCAGUCAUCUCGGACUUCAUCUACCAGGGUGCCAGCCUACACAACCAGACAGACCGCACCGGCGAGACUGCCCUGCACCUGGCGGCCCGCUACUCGCGCUCCGAUGCAGCCAAGCGCCUGCUGGAGGCCAGCGCGGAUGCCAACAUCCAGGACAACAUGGGGCGCACCCCGCUGCACGCGGCCGUGUCUGCCGACGCGCAGGGCGUCUUCCAGAUCCUGAUCCGGAACCGAGCCACGGACCUGGACGCCCGCAUGCACGAUGGCACCACCCCACUGAUCCUGGCCGCCCGCCUGGCCGUCGAGGGCAUGCUGGAGGACCUCAUCAACUCCCAUGCAGACGUCAACGCCGUGGACGACCUGGGCAAGUCUGCCCUGCACUGGGCCGCCGCAGUGAACAACGUGGAGGCCGCCGUCGUGCUCCUGAAGAACGGGGCCAACAAGGACAUGCAGAACAACAAGGAGGAGACGCCCUUGUUUCUGGCCGCCCGGGAGGGCAGCUACGAGACCGCCAAGGUGCUGCUGGACCAUUUCGCCAACCGGGACAUCACCGACCACAUGGACCGGCUGCCCCGCGACAUCGCGCAGGAGCGCAUGCACCACGACAUCGUGCGGCUGCUGGACGAGUACAGCCUGGUGCGCAGCCCCCCCCUGCACGGCGCCUCCCUGGGCGGCGCGCCCACCCUGUCGCCCCCGCUCUGCUCGCCCAACGGCUACCUGGGCAACCUCAAGGCCACCGUGCAGGGCAAGAAGGCCCGCAAGCCCAGCACCAAGGGCCUGGCCUGUGGCAGCAAGGAGCCCAAGGACCUCAAGGCCCGGAGGAAGAAGUCCCAGGACGGCAAGGGCUGCCUGCUGGACAGCUCAAGCGUGCUGUCGCCCGUGGACUCCCUGGAGUCCCCCCACGGCUACCUUUCGGACGUGGCCUCCCCGCCCCUCCUGCCCUCCCCUUUCCAGCAGUCUCCCUCUCUGCCCCUCAGCCACCUGCCCGGGAUGCCCGAUGCCCACCUGGGCGCCGGCCACCUGAGCGUGGCGGCCAAGCCCGAGAUGGCGGUGCUGAGCGGGGUCGGCCGGCUGGCCUUCGAGGCGGGGCCGCCACGCCUCUCCCACCUGCCGGUGGCCUCCAGCACCAGCACGGUCCUGGGUGCCGGCGGCGGCGGCGGUGGCGGGGCCGUGAAUUUCACCGUGGGUGGGGCCGCAGGCUUGAACGGUCAGUGCGAGUGGCUGUCCCGGCUGCAGAACGGCCUGGUGCCGAACCAGUACAACCCGCUGCGAGGGAGCGUGGCGCCGGGCACCCUGAGCGCGCAGGCCCCCACCCUGCAGCACGGCCUGGUGGGCCCGCUGCACGGCGGCCUGUCUGCCACGGCCCUGUCCCAGAUGAUGAGCUACCAGGCCCUGCCCAACACGCGGCUGGCCGCCCAGCCUCACCUGGUGCAGCCGCAGCAGCAGCAGCAGAACUUACCGAUGCAGCCGCCGGCGCCGAACAUCCCGCCGCAGCCACACCUCGGCGUGAGCUCGGCCGCCGCCGGCCACAUGGGCAGGAGCUUCCUGGGUGGGGAGCUGAGCCAGGCGGACGUGCAGCCCCUGGGCCCCAGCGGCCUGGCGGCACACACCGUCCUGCCGCAGGACAGCCAGGUCCUGCCGUCGCUGCCGGCCGCGCUGGCCCCGCCCAUGACCGCCGCCCAGUUCCUGACGCCCCCCUCCCAGCACAGCUACUCCUCCUCCCCCGUGGACAACACCCCCAGCCACCAGCUGCAGGUGCCCGAGCACCCCUUCCUCACCCCGUCCCCCGAGUCCCCCGACCAGUGGUCCAGCUCCUCGCCGCACUCCAACAUCUCCGACUGGUCCGAGGGCAUCUCCAGCCCGCCCACCAGCGUGCCGUCCCAGGUCGCCCACAUCCCAGAGGCCUUCAAGUAAACAGCCGGCUGCCCCCGGGACCCCGUGCUUCCUUUCCCAAGCCCUGCUGGGCGAUCGUGUGCGCUCCUUGGGUGCUGGGCUGACCGAAGGAGCUUUUUUCCAAGACCUGUGUUUUUAUACAAAAUAAGAAGAUAAGGAUUUUAAUUUUUUUUUUAGUAUUUAUUUAUGUACUUUUAUUUUACAUGAAAACACUCUUUUUUUAUUUAUAUGUACUGUUUUGUAUGUUACCAGGUAGCAACUUCGAUCUGCUCCAAGAAAAAAAACUAGUUCUCAAUCAUGAUUUCCCUGCUUAGGAUAAAAAUUCCUAGGUAUUUGUAAAAAAUAAACAAAGAUUCAUGAUUUACAAAUGCCAUUUAUUUAUUGAUUUCCCGUUUUUUUUAAGUAUCAAAAGACAUGAUGUCGGAGAAGGGAGGUUCGAGCCAGUGUUGUUCAAAAAGCUCCCGGGGUGCCCGGGCCUGCUGCGAUUUCCGCAGACACCCCUCACCCCCUGCUCCAAACCCAGACCCCCUCCUCCCAGGCCCACCUGCAUUUUAUGAGAAGGUUCGUCUGCUAGAGACAGAAACACAAACCCUUCACGCCUGUGGCACAGGGGUCAUUUGCAUGUAAAAUAGGAAAGGAGAGUGUCCAAUGAUGUGAUUUAUGCAUUUUGGUGUUCUUUGAAAUGACUUUUUUAAACAUGCUUUUAUAAAUGUGUCCUUGGGGUCUGCCAAGGGUACGUUUCAUGGUACCAAUCAUGAAUCUUUGUUUCAGGUUCAGUAUUACGUAGUCGUUGGUUGGUCGUGUGAGUUCUUGUUCUUUCUGGAGGCUCCCCGCCCCCGCCCCCGCUGAUAUAUGAGCAUCAAGUGGAGAGAGAAGUGGCAGGCGCGGCCACGUGGUACCCACCCCGGACCCCGCGCCAGGGAGGCCCGCCUCUUUCUGGGGAAAGACACUGCCUGGGCCACCCCCGUUGGAGGCGUCUCCGCCUGAGCUGCGUCUCCCGGGUUCAGCGGAAGAUGAACUGGUGCUCCGGGGGCCCAGCGCUCAUGGGCCUUGUCUUUACAGGAGACUUGGGAAAACGUGGUCGUGUCCAGCCUCAGUGCUCAGAGACCCUCGUGCCAGGGCCCGGCACGGCUCAGCGGGGCACUCGGGGCGCCGGGAGCCUGCUCGCGGGCCACCCCUCCCGGAUCGGGGGGGCGCGUGCCCAGGGGAGGAGCAGAUUCUUACAGUAUCAAGUAUAAGCCUGUGGCAGAGUAACUGUCUGUAAAUAACGUUUUUAAAGGGAGAUUUUAAGAAAUUUGGUUGAACAGAGCUGUCAGGGGUCAUGCAGAUAAGGGAUGUCAGACCCAGGCCCCGCGCCCUGCAGCUGCCGAACCACAGCUCCUGAGAGCAAAACCAGGGAGGGUCCUGCCGCCUGCCGAGCGCGGGCAGCUGCCCCGGACGGGCCGGGUGCCAUGUUGGGCCACCCCUAGUGGCAUGACCAGACACUUCCUAAGAUGUUGCUUCUUAUUGUGUUUUAUAAAAUAGAGUGUAGUUUACAUGGAAAGGAAGCUUUUAAAAAAAAUUAUCGACAUGCAAAACUGUGAUGAAAAUGCUGUAUUUUUUUUUUCAUCUUUUUUGUUAACCGAUUUGCAAUAAAAAUGAUUCUAAUGGUUGUCCA